AUGAACUUCUCAUCGACAGUUCUAUUCAUCUGUUUGAUAUUUCUCAAAUGGCAAGUUCGUGGUCAAGAUGAUUCAGGACAACAUUCGUCUUUAACCGUUGAAACUCAAUACCUUCGUUUCGAUAUGAGUCAAUAUGGGCAAGAUGGUGGCGUUUUUUCCAGUCCUAAUUUUCCAAACUAUUAUCCACAAAAUACAAUCUUGUUUUAUCAAUUCAUUGCUUCAUCGGAUUAUCGUGUUGUGAUUGAAAUCGAUUUCUUUCAAGUUCGCGGUGUGACUCCUCAGUGUACACAUGAUUAUCUCGAUGUUUACAUCAAUGUAACUAAUUUUGACGUUGUACAUAAUCCAGUUAAUGAUCAACUACUCCAUCGUUACUGUGGCCGAAAUAAACCACCUUUGCUUGUCUCAUUUACGAAUUUACUUCUUUUGGGAUUUUUUACUGAAGAUACGCAAACUGAGAGGGGCUUUAAUGGUUCAUUUCGAUUUAUUCCUGCACAACCUUAUCGAAAAAAUUUAAAACGUGAACCAUGUGAUUAUGUAUUCGAUUCAUCAGUAUCAAAACGUGGAGAAUUAUUUUCUUCAACAUAUCCAGGAACUUAUCUACCAGGACAAUUCUGUAAUUAUUCAUUCGUUGGUCAACCUGGUGAACGUAUUCAUAUUCGCUUUCGUGAUUUAAUUCUCUUCAAAACUCCAAACACUCACCAUUGUGCUGUCGAUCUAAUAAAACUCUAUGACAAUACCUUAGAUCCACCCGAACUUCGUCGAUUUCUUUCAAGUUUUCAAUCAGCAAGUCAUUCUGAACAACAAUAUCUCUCUGAUCAACACGAUCAUCAUCAUAUAACUGAUCUUUGUGGAACAUAUGUCCUCCCACUUGAUGUUUACUCCACGGGUAAUUUAUUGUUACUCUAUUUCAUUGCUACACAUUAUGCCGAGCUGACAGAUGAAGAACAAGCACAGAUGGCUGAGCAUUCGGGACCAGUUUGGCGGAAAGGUUUCUUUGCUGAGUACGAAUUUUCUUCUUCAUUGACGAAACUCGAUUUUAUCAGCAAAAAUAAAUCGAAUCAAUAUGUUUCUGGAACUGAAUGUGAUCAGACCAUUAAAUCAUUUGGACAAGGACAUGGUAAUCAUCAAAGACAAUUGAUUUCCGACGUUGAUUACAUUCCCUGUACUAUCUUUUUUUUAGGAAAAUUUCAAUCACCUAAUUGGCCACACCCUUACAAGCCUCAAACAUCGUGCACGACUUAUCUAUUGGGACUUGAUGAUCGUUACACAUUAGAAAAUGUGGAAAUUGAGUUCGAUCAAUUUGAUAUUGAUUGUAAUUUAGCUUCGCUGGUCAUUUAUAAUGCCAGUCGGAUUUACGAUUAUCGUUUACGAUCACGUCCGAGUAGCCCAUUGUUAUCAACUUCGAAAUCGUCAUUAUUUAGUAACUAUUAUCGACAGGAAUUAGAUUUUAAAGGAAAUCUGUCAUUUUGUGGACAUUUUAAGCCCGAAGGACGUUUUGUUUCGAAAAAUGCUCUAUUAAAACUGUCAUUUAUCCCAACCGAUCGUUCCGGAACGAAUGUUUACUCCUCAUUAAAUAGCGGAGGUAAAUUUCAAGCACGAUACAAAUUUGUUAAAAGUUACCAUCAAGUCUCCGCCGACGAAUAUGAUGGUACCAAUCCAAAUACUUGUAAUCUUUCUUACUAUCAAUCUCGCGCACUAUUCGGAAAAUUCGAACCGCCUCGCUCAUCGGAAAACGACUAUUUUGCCAAUUCAAAUUGUACAUUUAAUUUCUAUCCAAUGAAUGAAAAUUCUCGUUUGUUAAUCUGGUACGAUUAUUUCAAUAUUGUCGAUGAUGAUCUGAUUCAAUGUCCUUCGGAUAAUUUAACGUACACAUACAGUCUUUAUUCAUCAUCAAUAUUCUAUGUUCAUCCGUUUCGAUACUGUGGAUAUCGAAAUUUUCCAUCACCAUUUUUAAGCGUUCGUUCAACGGAAUUAUUUCGUAUACAUUUUCGAUCGAAUGAUGAUGCCGACGCAGGAUUAGGAUUCGAAGGACGUUAUCAAUUUGUCAAUCAGUCAAAUUCAUUGUUCUCACCAGCCAUAUGUCGAACUCCAUUUGAUUCGAUUGUUUAUGUAAAUGAAACCAAUGAACCAUCAGGAAACAUUUCCAGCGAUGGCUAUCCCGAAAAUGUGAUCUGCGAAUGGUCUUAUGUAACAUCGCGCGGCUUUCAAUUUCUGUUAGAACUCAAUCUACUGCAAAUCGAAGGCUCGAAAACAAAAGAUCCACCUCAAGGUUGUCAAACAGCUGUACUGAGAAUUUACAGCGAAGGACGAAUCGAUGAAUUAUGUGGACAACAGGAGGAAAUCUAUUAUUUUACCACCGAAUCAAAUUGGUUUACUAUUCAAUUUAUUUCCCUGAAUCGACAAACGAAAGAACUUCUUCGUGGUUUUCAUAUCUAUUGGACUGUUAUUGAGACAAGAACGAAAUCCGUUGAUCAACGAUGUUCUCUCUCCGAUGAGUAUUUUUAUUGUAAAAAAACUGCAAAUCAUUCGAUAGGAAAUUUUUGUAUUCACCGUUCGCUUUUAUGCGAUGGUCAUUCACAUUGUCAGCCGAUUUCCAAUGACGAUGAACAUCCCUCGAAUUGUUAUAUGAUGAUUCCAUCACGUGUCAAACAACCGUUAGCAUUGCCAUCAUCGACCCUAUCAUUCUUUCACCAACAUCUUCUGUUAAUUGUCAUUAUCUUCGUACUUUGUUUAACAAUGUUAUGUAUUGUUUUCAUACUAAUUUGUUUAUUAAUCAAAAUGAAACGAAGACAACAAGAUCGACAAUCGUCGAAACGACGGCGAACAAAUCAACGCGAUGAUUUACUCCUACGCAAAAAGUCGUUGCAAACGUAUUCGGAUGAAGAAGAAGAAGACGAAGAUGAUGGUGAACAUCAUAUAAAUAGGAUGGAACAAGCUGUGACUACAGUUUAG